AUGGUCAAGAAGAAGCGACAGAAGUCUUCUUGCACUGUGGCCGACGCCACCUCACAAAGCGCCCGCACGGGCGCCGUCGAUCGCACCGCAGGCACCACUGACGCCAGUGUGAAGGUCAGCCACGGGUCAUCUGCGGUGGACGCUAGACCCUCGAACGCGCAUCCGGAGAAAAUGCUGGCGCCGCCCUCGGACCCUCGAGGCGGCAAAGCUCAUUCUUCAGCGCACAGACCCAGAAAGGCCAAGAAUAAGCGACACAAGGCUCCCUCCGCUCUGGGAGAAGACGCCCCGGCAAGCACCACCAAAGGCACGGAUAUAGCGGCGCUACGCAUCGUCGAAACCACCGCAGGCGCUAAAGACGCCGGCUGCGUGAACACACGCCGUUCAUCGGCGUUCACGAUGCUGUCGCCGCCCGGCCAACUGGAACGCAGCCAGUCCGGCUUAGGACCUCAGGGCACGCUUGGUGCCACGACUUCGGCCUCUCACGUCACCGACGCCGUGGCGCCGCUCGAUUACGUCCUCGUCUUCGGUCACGGCAAGUUCCAGUGGAUCAACCUGUUCUGUACGCAGCUGACCAUCUUCUGCACCGUGGUCCACGCCGUGGCCAUGUUGAGCCUGGCGCGGCCCGUCGACCACUGGUGCAGGCCGCCGGUCGGGUACGGCAACCUGCUGCCCGAGAUGUGGAAGAACAGCAGCAUCCCCGUCGAGGAGGACGGUUCGUACAGCCGCUGCUUCCGCUACGAACCCCCGUUCGCACCGUACGACGUAGGCGUCAACUUGUCUUCGACGGUUCCCUGCGACGCCGGAUGGGACUAUGCCGCUUCGAUCCACACCUCUAUCACAGCCGAAUGGGACCUAGUGUGCCAUCGACGAUGGAUAUUGCACGCGAUGAUGGCAAGCUACAUGUGCAGCGCGGUCGUCUUCAUGCCGUUCACGGGUGUAGUGGCCGACCGAAUCGGUCGGACUCCGGUGCUGGUCGUCGCGCUCUUCGUCCUGAUAGCCGCCGGCACCACGCUCGCAUUCGCCACCACGCUGCUCGUUUUCACCAUACUGCGCGUCUUCAUCUCCGUUUCCUCCGGGACCCUGCUCGUCGUGUCCGUGGUGCUGCUGUUCGAGGUGACCGACUCGUCGCGUCGCGUGCUCUACAGUUCCGUCGCCAUCGCCGGCGGAGUUUCGGCCGCCAACGUGUACGGCGAGAUCAUGUACGACCUGGCCAACGAAUGGGCACUCAUCCAAAUGAUCAACAUGCUCCCCAGCGUGCUACUCAUCGGCGCAGUCCACAUCGUCCAGGAGUCGCCGAACUGGCUCCUGGCCACAAACAGGGUCCGGCGGCUGUGCAAGGUAGUGAUGGCGGCGGCGCAGACCAACGGCGCCGACCUCAAACGCGUAGCCAAGCAUUUGGACGUCAUUCGCAAGGAGAACAGGCGGUCCAGAAGUGAGAGCUUCAGCGAGGGGGUCAACGAGGCGUCGCCCCUGGAGGUGCUGACAAACCCGUCGUUUCGCUCCGAGACCCUGGUGGCGUUCGGCUGCUGGUUUCUGGCGAUGAGCCUCUUCCACGAGCUCCGGGGUAGCCGCGAGGCCCGAUACGUUUACUUUGUCCAGAUCGCGCUCGAAUGUCCCACCGUGACGGCCAACAUCAUCUUGCUCGAGCGCAAGGGACGACGCAUCGCCACCGCCAUCAGCAUGAUCGUUCUCGCCUGUCUCGUGGCGGCGCUCGGUGCCUUCUCCCUCGUUUUACCGGGUAAGGCCUACUUCAAUCACCGUGGUUUUAAAGGGACCCUCGCUGAACUGAAUCUGUUUCGGCGAUUAGAUCAGUCUUCCGGAAAACUUCUGCUUAGCACACACAAGAAACGAGGACACAAGGCAGGAACCACUCUGGCCAAAGGUGGCGGUGACAUUAAGCCCACCAAAUUUUGGAAACCACCCAUUGCAGAUACUUCGGGUGCCGACGGUUUGGCGCGCCACAUUGAGACGGCGCUCCGCGUGGCUGCAAUGCUGGCCGUCGACUCGGUCGUAGUCAGCCUCUGCGUCAUCACAGUCGAGAUGUACCCGACAGUGCUCAGGGUCAGCGGUCUUGCCUUCGCCUACGUGUGCGGUCGGUUGGGCGCCAUCUCCGCGGCUUUCGGGAGCUCCGACUCUCGCCUGGGUCGGGGCAUCCAGUUCGGCGUGGUCUCGCUGCUGCUGGUGGCGUUCGGCGCUCUGGCCCUGGUCGUGAUGCCCGAGACCACCAAGAUACACGCCACGAACACGUUCUCCCCCGUCGUCGACGCGCGCACUGCCGACAAGUGGAUGCUCGACGCGCCGCUCAGGCUCGCCCGGGGUCGGCGAGCGUCGAGCGUGGCCGACGAGCGACGCAAGAGCUCGGGCGCCUCGCGGUGAAGUUUACCGAGUAACGACGACGUGAUUUCGGCACCACGUGCUUAUUUUAACUUCGACGGAACUCUUCGAGAGUCCAGCGACCGCAUAAAAAAUAAAAGCACCCUUUGCGCCACGGAACCAAUGUCAUUGAAAGGGCUAAGCGAGUCGGAAAUAAGCAUGCAGAUAGUUUAUUUCUUUGUUAUCGUGGACAUUCUUUUGUGUGUGCCGAAGAUAUAGACUGCUGUCAUGUCUGUGUAGGAAUUCUCCAGUGGGGACAGUAUCCUGUGCACCACCGAAGCACAGACAAUGCAGCAGUGCC